AUGCCAGCAGACUGGCAGGCGACAGCAGCCCCAGCAGCAGCUUCAAAGCCUGUUCAUGACACUUCGGUACGCCGUCAACGACCUCAAUCGCAAGGCCCUGUCACGGUCAGGAAGAUGAAAAUGCAAACACAAGAUCAUCUCGACGUCUCCAGCAGCGAAUCGCGUCGAUCGUCUGGAAAUUCAUUGCCGCCUUCUCGAUCGGCUAGUCAAGAGGCUAGACUUCAUAUAGUCGCUUAA